CUUUGGGUAAUGGGGACCGCAUUUCUCAGUUUUUCAAGACAUUUGCAAUGUAAACAGUUGUGCUAAUUGACUAAUGGAGAAAAUCAGCAUAUUUGACUGAAAAUACUUGUGUGGCACUUGCAUGCAAAAGUACAAAUCCUGCAUUUACACGAAUACAACAUAAUGGAUCUCAUGACAUAACCCAAUAUAUAGAGACUCAUAGCAGUCUACAUUUUUAAUACAAUUUUCCUGAUUACAUUUUCAUACUUUGACUUAUGUAGCAUUUUAAAAGCAGUGAAUUUGGAUAUAUUCACAAUGUGGUAGUAGCCUUCUUUAGUUAGUUAGCUAGGUUGGUUAGCUAAAGGAUCUGAGUGACGUUCCAUCCUCCACUAGUCAAUGAGGAAGCAUUUGGUACCGAGAGUAAAGUUUACAUAUAUAAACACGCUCAACAGUCUGACAUUAAGGUGGUCCCCACCAAUAAUCCAAGAAACAAGUUUGAUUUCAAACCAUUAAAUAUUGCUGCAGAUGGCAUCAAACAAUAAAAUCUACUCGUGCUUCGUUUUCAUUUGCUUCAUCAAUCAGUUGAAUGACGCACGGGGUCUCCUGAGUCAACCAGCAGGGGGCGCUAGCUAGCAGCUAGCAGAGACAUGAUGACAGCUACAGUUGGACAUAAACUCUGGACAUUAGCAUGUCAGGUCGUGACCAACGUCUGGUGCCACGUUUGACUCUCUUCCACCAAGAAACGUGACCAGAAAAGUCAACCGUGACCUAAAAUAAAGAACACCGUGAGUUUCCACCAUCACUCUCACCCUUCACUUACGGCCUGUUCGGAUUGUUUUGUGUCCGUGUCUCCAUGUCUCUCCUCGCACAGAUGUCCAGGCCACCAGCCCUGCCUCCCGUCUCCAGCAGGACCCUGCACCACCCCUCCUUCCUGCCUCUGUACCUGGCUGCAGACUUUGCAGACUAUCAUCGCACGGACUGUAAUAACCAGCCAGUCCAUCCCAUCAUCCCAGCAGAGCUGUUCUACUCUGAUCCCAGCAUGAGCCGCGGGAGGAGGAUCCCCAACAUCGUGAGCGAUCUGAGGUUAUUAGAUUGCUUCCAGCUCAACACUUCUCCACCAGUUAUGUCCGCCUGCCUGGCCCCACCAGCCAGUCCAGACCCAUUCAGAUCUGGAACACACCCCACCGUAGAUCUGGGCACCCUCUCCUUUACAAUCAGUACCCUCCAUCCUCCAGUGCAGCUGAGCCGGGCCGUCGUCCAGCUAACCCAGGAGGAGGACCAGACCAUCACUCACCUCCUGAAGCUGCACCACCAAGAGCCUCCUGCUCCACACAUGGACUUCCUUCCUCACCCUGAACCUGUGGAUGUCGCCUCAGCUGAGGAAGCCUACAAGCCCAUCUGUAGCGCUGUGCAGCAUUUCAGGGAGGACGGCCUGCAAGGUCAGUCGCAACACCGAAGAUGUUGGUCGCAUACAGAACUUGAGGCAGCUGGGACGCUCUUGAGUGGCUUUAGCCUGGUGGAGAAGGACCCAAUCUGGGGCGAAAACUACAGUGAAUCAGCAGAUACACUUCCUGAUCAUCUGCAGCAACAAGGAUCUGAGACUUUUCCCUCACCAGUAACUGAUUGUACCCAAAAAGUGACCAGCUUUAGUCAUGUCAGGGAAUCUGGACAACCAGGCUGGGGCGAUUUAGGGUUUGCUGAGGGAUACUUGGCAUCAUCAUUACCCCCAAAGAGCAGAUCGAGCGUCUUUGGCAUGAAGAAACGGACACUCUCGGACUCUGAGGGAGAUGCUGUUCAUGUCCUCCUGAGCCUCGGAGACGUGACAGCAUUGGAAACCAAUCAGUGAUUGUCUUAAACCUGAGGGUCUUCCUCACCCUUAGUAUG